AUGUCCAGCGAGACUGCACCAUCUGUCAUCCGUGUGGGCUCACGGGCGACCAGGACAGUCCACAUUAGCCAAGAGAACGUCAACACCUUCGGCGACGUCAUUGACGACCACAACCCCAUUCACAGUGACCCGGAGGCGGCAAAGGCGGCGGGCUUUCCCACCACUAUUUGCUACGGCAUGUACGCCGGCUCGCUCUUCUCGGGUCUCAUGGCGAAGGAGAUGCCCGGGCCUGGCACUGUGUAUUUGUCGCAGAACUUGCGCUUCACCGCCCCGGUGUUCGUCGGCGACGACCUCGAUGUCAUCGUGGAGGUCCGAGAGUUCCGCAAGGAUAAGGGUCUCAUCUCUCUCUCCAACACCGUACAAAAGACGGACCCCUCAACCGGCAAGACAACCGUGUGCGUUGAAGGGUCUGCCGUGGUCAUGAACAAGACUCUGCAGUUUGAGGGGGAGAGUGAGUGGUCUGUGACGAAGUAG